UUGUUCUUAAAGUUUUCAUCGAGUCUCAUCCAAGUAUAAAAGUAGUGUUCGUCUCUCUCAUCCUCCAUUUUCUUCAUCGCAUUCACCAGUGGUAUCAUGUCUCAUAGGAAAUUCAGUGCUCCUCGGCAUGGUUCGAUGGGGUUCUACCCAAAGAAAAGAUCUCAAAGGCAUCGUGGAAAGGUAAAGGCUUUUCCAAAAGAUGAUCCCAGCAAACCUGUGCAUUUAACAGCUUUUAUUGGUUACAAAGCUGGUAUGACUCAUGUUGUGAGGGAAGCAGAUCGUCCUGGAUCAAAGGUAAAUAAGAAGGAGAUUGUAGAAGCAGUUACUAUCCUUGAGACACCACCAAUAAUUGUGGUUGGUCUUGUUGGAUAUAUUGAAACGCCACAUGGACUUAGAGCACUUGCUACUGUUUGGGCAGAACAUUUGUCAGAGGAUUGUCGCAGACGGUUUUACAAGAACUGGUACAAGAGCAAGAAGAAGGCAUUUACAAAAGCAUCGAAGAAAUGGCAAGACGAGCUUGGCCGCAAAUCUAUUGAGGCAGAUUUAAAAAAAAUCAAGAAGUAUUGCAGUGUCAUUCGCAUUAUCGCUCAUACUCAGAUGAAGUUAUUGAGGCAGCGUCAGAAGAAAGCUCACAUUAUGGAGAUCCAAUUGAAUGGAGGUACUGUUGAAGACAAAGUGCAGUGGGCACGCGAACAUCUGGAGAAACCCGUGCCUAUUAGUAAUGUGUUCGCAGCUGAUGAAAUGAUCGACGUGAUUGGCGUAACCAAGGGCAAGGGUUACAAAGGUGUUACGUCCAGAUGGCACACCAAGAAAUUGCCACGCAAAACGCACAAGGGUUUGAGAAAAGUCGCCUGUAUCGGUGCGUGGCAUCCCAGCCGCGUGUCAUUCACUGUCGCACGUGCAGGUCAGAAAGGAUAUCAUCAUCGUACCGAGAUGAAUAAGAAAGUCUACAGGAUUGGACAGGGUAUCCACACUAAAGACGGCAAGAUCGUAAAAAACAACGCUUCGACGGAGUACGAUCUUACCGAAAAAACUAUCACGCCUAUGGGUGGCUUUCCGCAUUACGGUGAAGUGAACAACGACUUUAUCAUGAUCAAAGGAUGCUGCAUGGGUCCGAAGAAACGUGUAAUCACUCUCAGAAAGUCUUUGUUAGUGCACACAAGGAGAUCCGCGCUGGAGAAGAUCAACCUUAAGUUUAUCGAUACCAGUUCGAAAUUCGGACACGGUCGCUUCCAGACUGCCGCCGAUAAGGCCUCCUUCAUGGGACAACUCAAAAAGGAUCGGUUGCGCGAGGAUAAAACACAAGCUAGCAGCUCGACACCAAAUACCGCAGCUGCACAAUAAAAUUGUCCGUUCUAUACUACACAUUAUCAACAUGAUGAUGGACGUAUCAUAUUAACAUUUAUAUUGAAGAAUAAAGUAUUAGGCAUGCAAAUUGA